UUAUUAAAACCCAAAAACGAAAACCUGUUUAGCAUAGUCCGUUCCGAUUUUCGAUUUUAAAUCUCUUCCCUAAUACAUCCAUCUUUCCGUUUGGCGGCAAAACAUCACAAUAACUAGGGUUCCUCAAAUCGAUGACUUACAUCCAUCAAAAAUUCUUCUAUUACUGAACUCUUUCGAGUUCGACUGUAGUCCGUGUAACAUGAUCGUUUGAUUAGGGCAUGGUCGGUUUAAGAUGUGAUUAUCUACAAUUGACCGUACAGUUGUUUCAAUGGAAGGCGAUGGAGCAGCUUCAUCGGUCAUGGCAUCUCCAUCGAUUAAACCUAUAAACAAGAGUGCCAUCCACAAAAUCUGCGCAGGCCAAGUGAUUUUGGACCUCCCCUCCGCCGUUAAGGAAUUGGUCGAGAACAGCUUGGACGCCGGCUCCACUAGCAUUGAGAUUGCCCUAAAGGAAUACGGCGAAGAAUCGUUUCAGGUCAUUGAUAAUGGCUGUGGCAUUUCGCCAGACAAUUUCAAGGUUCUAGCGCUUAAGCAUCAUACGUCGAAAUUAGCGGAUUUUUCUGAUCUUCAAUCGGUGACGACUUUCGGCUUUAGAGGGGAAGCUCUCAGUGCUCUGUGUUACUUGGGAGAUUUAACAGUCGAAACAAGAACGAAAAGCGAGCAAGUUGCGACGCAUUUGACAUUUGGCCGUUCUGGUUUGCUUACCGAUGAGAAAAAGACGGCACGCCAAGUUGGUACCACUGUUACUGUGAAAAAGCUGUUCUCCAACCUGCCAGUGCGAAGCAAAGAGUUUCACCGCAACAUUCGGAAGGAGUAUGGAAAGUUGAUUUCACUAUUGAAUGCAUAUGCUCUUACUGCAAAAGGUGUUCGGAUGGUUUGUACAAAUACAACUGGAGCAAACAAAACCUCUGUAGUACUUAAAACACAGGGAAGCGGUUCACUCAAAGAUAACAUCAUUACAGUGUUUGGCAUGAGCACUUUCAACUGCUUAGAACCUAUGAGUCUAGUUAUAUCAGAUUCCUGCAAGGUGGAUGGGUUUCUUUCUAAGUCGGGCAAUGGCAGUGGACGAAAUAUAGGUGACAGACAGUAUUUUUUUAUAAAUGGUCGACCUGUUGACAUGCCAAAAGUCACCAAGCUUCUGAACGAAUUGUAUAGAUCUGCAAACUCAAAGCAAUAUCCAAUCGCAAUCAUGAAUUUUAUUGUUCCAACCAAGGUGUACGAUGUCAAUGUGACCCCAGACAAAAGAAAAGUUUUUUUCUCUGAUGAAGGCUCCCUUUUGAAGUCCUUAAAAGAAGCUUUGUUGGAGAUCUAUUCCCCACAUCUUGCUAGCUUUUCGGUACAGGGACCUGAGGAGCUCACUCAGGGAGGAAACAACUCAAAGCUGUGUUCUCCUCAUGAUAAGUCUUUUUCACAGUUUUCAUUAAAGCAAGCAUCGCCUGAUAGCAAACAAGAAGCAUACAGUGAGAAGCAACAUGUAGAAGUUGACACUGAUAUGGAUGAAGGUAAAGAGACAUUGAGAUCCUCACCUGCUGUUAAUCCGAUAAAUGUGGAUGAUUAUAGUUUAUCAAAGACAGACUUUACACUUAAAUUUCAUGGUAUGAAGAAAGCUGACACCUUUUCUGGGAGCUAUAGCUAUAGUAGGAAGCAUACAGCUAUAAGUAACAACACUAGAAAUAAUUCGCAGGCAACAUCAUACAACUCAACAAUGCAGAUAGGAACAGAUUCGCCUCGUUCUGCAGGUGCUGUUCAGUCCCUGCUUACAACAUUUGUAUCUGUAAACAAAAGGAAGCAUGAAAGCAUCAGCAGCAAUAGUUUAUCUGAGGUCCCUGUUCUUAGAAAUGGGCCUAACCUUCAUCAAUCAGUCGAUCAAAACCUUCAUUUGUGUUCUACAUUUACAAAGCCUUCUGAUAAUCAUACUCUGAUGAUGGAUGAUCAGCAUGAUGAAUUAGAUGUCUCUCCUAUUAAAGUCAUGAAGAACUCUGGACAAGUUGAAGAGCUUUCUGAUAAUCAUACUCUGAUGAUGGAUGAGCAGCAUGAUGAAUUAGAUGUCUCUCCUAUCAAAGUCAUGAAAAACUCGGGACAAGUUGAAGAGGUAGUAGAUAUUUCUAGUCCAUUACGUUGUUCUCAGCCAGGUUCAGGUUCAGAUGAUGGACAUGGACUGGAAGUAAUAGAUAUUUGUUCAGAUGAAGCAGUGGCUUCUUCUCCUUCAAAGAAGUGUUACACCAUGCAGUUUAGUUUUGAGGAGUUAAAGAAGAGGAGGCAUCAAAAGCUUUGGGCAUUGCAGGCUAGCAAAAAUACACCUGGAAAACGGAAUAAGGCUAAAGGAUGCUAUGCUGCUGCAACAUUAAAGCUUUCUCAAGUGGUAAAAGAGGAGGCCAAGGCACAGGCUUUAUCUGCAGCAACAAAUGAGUUUGAAAAGCUGUUCAAAAAACAAGAUUUUGGGCGCAUGAAGGUGAUUGGGCAGUUCAAUCUUGGAUUUAUCAUUGGCAAGUUGGAUGAAGAGCUGUUUAUCGUGGAUCAGCAUGCUGCAGAUGAGAAAUACAAUUAUGAGCGUUUGUCACGGUUCACCAUCUUGAACCAACAACCGUUGCUGAGGCCGGUGGCAAUGGAGUUGAGUCCUGAAGAAGAAGUGAUCGUUUCAAUGCACAUGGAUACCAUCAGGAAAAACGGGUUUUCGUUGGAGGAGGAUUUGGAUGCUCCUCCUGGGCAGCGUUAUAAAAUGAAAGCCGUCCCCUUCAGUAAGAACAUAACUUUUGGUGUUGCAGAUGUUAAGGAACUGAUAUCUAUCCUGGCGGAUAGUCAAGGAGAAUGCUCAAUGAUGGGUGCAUAUAAGAUGGACACGUGUGACUCCGUUUGCCCCCCAAGAGUGCGUGCAAUGCUAGCAUCACGUGCCUGUAGAUCUUCUGUUAUGAUUGGAGAUCCACUUGGAAGAAACGAGAUGAAAAAGAUAGUUGAGCGUUUGAUGGAUCUAAAAUCUCCAUGGAAUUGUCCACAUGGUAGACCCACUAUGCGUCACUUGCUAGACUUAACAACUCUGCGUAAAUGCGAUUCAGCCUUGUAACUCACUCUCCUUUUAUAAACACUUAAAUCAAAUUUUCAUUUGGAUAGUUAAAUUAUAGUAAUUGUUAGAGUGUGAGUGUUGGUAUGUACUACUACUAUGGACUAUGGACUAUGGAGUGUAAAUAAUAAUACAAGGUUUUAAGUGCUAACACAA